AUGCGGGUGCUUGUGACAACAGACAACCACCUGGGGUUUUUGGAGAGGGACCACAUUCGGGGAGAGGACUCUUUUCGGGCCUUUGAAGAGGUGUUCAAGCACGCACGGGAGGUAAGGGCAGACUGCAUCCUUAUAUGCGGAGACCUGUUCCACGAAGUGAGCCCGUCAAAGUACACGAUAUACCGGACUAUGGAAAUACUGCAGAGGAAUAUUUUGGGAGAUAAGCCCAUCCAGAUAGAGUGCACAGACAACGAAAACUUUGUGGACAUCCAAAAGAGGACAAGACAGGUAAACUACUACAGCCAGAACAUAAACAUAGAAAUGCCCGUGUUUGCCAUCAAUGGAAACCACGACGAGCCGUCAGGACACAAGGGCGUGACUACCCUUGACAUUUUUGCAGAAGCCGGGCUGAUAAACUACUUUGGAGCACUGGAGGGGAAGAAGAGCGCCAUUCGAGUGCGGCCGAUUAUUCUGCGGAAAAAGAACGUGGUUCUCAACCUGUACGGGAUGGGCGGGAUUCGAGACGAGGCAAUGACCAAGCUGUUGGCUGAAGAAAGGCUUACGUUUGAGUCGGCAGGAAAGGGGAGCAAAGUGCUGGUUUUGCACCAGACAAGGUGCGGAAUGGGCGGGAGCUCGUAUGUUCCUGAAGAGCUGCUCAGCAAGGAGAUGGACCUGGUCAUAUGGGGGCACAUGCACCAGUCAGAGCCAACGCCCGUAGAAAACUACAAAAUGGGCUUCCACACGAUCCAGCCAGGCUCAACGGUGCAGACGUCUCUGUGCAGGGCAGAAAGCGGAUACAAGCACUGCGUGCUGCUGAAGGUCACAGAAGAAGGGUGGCACACAACGCCGAUCCAGAUGAAGAGCCCGCGCAGCCUGAUAUUCAGAAAAAUUUCUGCACAGAACAGCAACAUAGAGGAGAAAAUACGGACAGAAAUGCAGUCUAUCCUGGAGAAGUGCCAAGACGAGCACAGACCGCUGGUUAGGCUGAGGGUGGAGGUGGAUGAAAGCAUUGUGAAUACAGUCAUCCCCAAAAGAACCAUGGAGGAGUUUAAGGACAGAGUUGCCAACCCCAAGGAGGCGCUUCGGAUAAUACACAAGAAAAAGCAAGUGCCUGCUAAUAAAAAAGAGGCUCUGAAAAACAUCUACAAGAACGCACAGUUCACUGUUGAGCUGGAAGAUACGCGCGUUCUCUCCAAAAAUGUGUUUAUGCAGAGCAUUAUGGAGUGCGUUGAGAGAGAAAACAAAGCUGUCAUAUCGCAGAAGUACGACGAAAUCGUGCAGGAGGUGGUGAAAGUGCUCAAGUCGCACAGGUGGACAGACAUAGAGAAAGAGAUACAGCCUGCAGUGCACGAGAUAGAAAAAAGGCUCACAUAUUCAUACUCUACCGCGCAAACAAGAGGCCACUCACCUGCUGGCACAAAUCUUCCAAUAAAAGAGGAUAGUCUGAGGAAGAGAGAAGAAGACAUAUCUUUUGCAGACAGAGCGUCUAUCCCUCCCCAAGAGCGCUUAAAUUUGCAUGAGUCUGCAAAGACUAAAGAUCUAUGUGCAGAGGCAUCUUCUGCGAUGCGAGAUAUUUCUUUUGAAGAGGCUGAAGAACAGCUGAAUAAAGAUGGUUCGUACUGCUACAUUUCGAAAGAAGCCUCAAACGAUGUGUACAGAGCCAUAGAAAAAGAAAAAAGCGGCUAUCAAGAAGAGAAUAAAAACAGCGCUGACAGUGGAAAUAGUGCAAAAAGGGUAAAGACUGACUAUACGUUUUCGUCUUUAUGGGACUAG